AUGGAGACGUCGGCGGUGGGCUGCGCCGCCACGGGCUUCCGCGCGGCGGGCCUGCACGCGGAGUCGCGCGCGCUGCGCGGGGCCGCGCGGGCGGCCCUCGAGGAGCUGUGCGGGCCCCGCGGGCGCGCCGCCGGGCCCCAGGGGCGAGCGGCCGCGCUGGAGCAGGCGGUGGUGCGGGCCCUCGAGCCGCACCAGCGCGACCUGGACGCCGCCCUCGCGCACGCGAGGCAGGGCGAGGCCCUGGCGCGGGGCAGCGGCGACGCCGAGGCCGGCAAGCGCUUCGCCGCGGCGCGGCGCCACGUCGAGCUCCACCGGGCGGCGGCGCGGCCCGCCGGAGGGCCGCCGGCGCGCCUCUUCGAGGGCGUCCCGCGCCUGCGGGAGCUCUCCGCGGGCGACUUUGGGCGGCGCUACUCCGCGCGCAGGACGCCCGUGGUCGUCGCGAGCGCGGCCGCGCAGCGGCUGGGCUGGGAUCUCCAGGAUCGCUGGCGGCGAGGUGCGGCGGCGGCCAGGUCCAGACGCAGCGCCACGACGCGUCCUGCGGGCUGUGGGCGGGGAUGCGCCCGUGCGCCAGCACCACCUCGGAGACCUCGUAGGCCGGUGGGCGGCGGGAGACCGCGGCGCGGUGGUCUUCGACGAGCCCCUGGCCAGCGCCUGCCCCGCACUCCUUCGGGGGUGGCCGCGCCUGCUGCGGGACUGCGACCUGAUCCGGCGCUCCCCGUACGCCUCGCUGCCCGAGGACCAUUACGGAUCCUUUUUGGGACCACCCGAGCCUCUUCGUCCAGCCGGCUGGCUCCCACUGCGGCGUGCACGUGGAUGCCAUGCACAGCCAGUUCGUGCAGGUAGUGCUGAAGGGCCGGAAGAGAUGGAGCUUUCGGCCUCUCGGCGACGCCGACCAGUUGCGCUGGAUGGGAAGGCGGGACAUCAUCCACAUGGAGGUCCAUGUCGACCCAGAUGGCGACAACCUGUACCGUCGCCAGAUCGCCUUCGAGCAGGUGUUCGAGGCUGCCGCUGGGGUGAACGACUGCGCCCGGGGCGGCUGCGUGCCCGUCGAGGUCGACGUCUGCGAGGGCGAGAUGGUGAUCGUGCCCGGCGGAGUGCCGCACAGCGUGGCCAACCUGGAGGACACGGUGGCGGUCUCCCACAACUUCAUAGACGUGUACCAGCCGGCCACGCGCCGGGGUGGCCCUCCGCGGGAGGGCCGCUUCUGUGCGCGGCUCUCGUGGGGCGCGCGGGUGGGGGAAGACACAUGGCCAGGCGCACAGUCCGCGCGCGCCGCGCCGCGCGCAACGAUCGGCACGCCGCGCCCCGAUGGCUGACCCCUUGCCUGGGGCCACUCCUGCGCGCGGCCGAGUCCGUGCGGAGGCGGCCGUUUCCGCGCUGCGGUGGCCAGCCUCGUUCCACGCGCUCGCGGACUACCUGGAAGAGGCGGCGGAAGCCCCAGAGCACAGAGCCCGCUCCUACUGAUCCUCCCCCUCCUCCUCCUCCUCCUCCUUCUCCUCCUCCUCCUCCUCCUCCUCCUCCUCCUUCUCCUCUGCCCCGCGGAGACCAUCAGGCUGCGUGGCGCGGCAGCAGCGGCUGCACCCCCACCCCCAACUCUUCGGCGGCAUCACUGCCGGUCCAGCCGACACGUCAGAAGGCGCGAGCGGAGACGACGCUGGGCUCCAGUCGGCUCCACGGCCCUC